GUAACGAUGUAAUCGCCCUGUUUAGCUUUUCUCGUGAUUUCCAGCACGAGAAGACUUUAUUUAACUCAAAUCGAAGGAAUGAUCCACUAUUGUAGAAAAUACCUUAUAGUAUCGAAAUAAAUAACUAUGGUAGUUAAGACGAAUUCUUUCUUCGAAUCUCUGAAUGAAACAGCAAAACUAUUGACACAAAGAAACACUUUAAGUACUGAAAACAGAACCACAGAGCCAAAAGACGAUGAGACAGAACCACUAAUUUUAACAACAAACUCGAGAACUUCACGUAGAGAAUGUCUCCGUGCCCGACACGUCCUGGUCUUCCUGGGUUUCAUAAACUUUCUCAACAGCUAUACAAUUAGAGUGAAUUUGAAUGUUGCUAUAGUAGCUAUGGUCAACUACACAGCGAUUCACCAUCACCAGCUAUGGACAAUCGAAUGUCCAAAUUCCGAAGGAGUCUUCAAUUCUAACAAAACGACACAAAAGGAAGGGGAGUUUAUCUGGGAUGAGUACACUCAAGGAAUCAUAUUGGGUAGUUUCUACUUUGGCUACCUUCUAACAAACUUAUGUGGAGGAAUCCUGGCAAAAAGAUUUGGUGAUAAAAGAGUAUUUGGUUGGGGAAUUUUUCUGUCAUCUGUGUUAACGGUUCUGACACCUCUGUCACUACAGCUGCCUAUUGGAGUUUUUAUUGCAAAAAGAAUAGUAGAGGGUCUUGGUCAGGGCGGGAUGACCCCAGCUAUGCAAUCUUUAUUGGCAAGAUGGGUUCCAAAAUCUCAACUAGGUUUGACGAGUACAAUUGUCUACAAUGGCGCUCAGAUCGGCACUGUUAUCACAAUGCCCUUGACUGGCAUAUUGUCCAACUCUGAUUUUCUUGGUGGUUGGCCAUCUGCUUUCUAUGUAUUUGGUGUAAUCAGUUGUGUGGGUAGCAUCGUCUGGAUUUUAAUUGUUCAUGAUUUUCCCUUGGAUCAUCCUAGAAUAUCCAAACAGGAACUCAUGGAGAUACAAGCAGAAAACGGAUUUCAAAAUUACGGGGAAAAGGAAAACAAAUCAAUCCCCUGGCGGCAAAUCCUGACUUCUUUUCCUGUCUGGGCCGUGAUAAUAGCACACUACGGAAAUUCUUGGGGAUUUUAUACAAUCUUAAUUGACUUACCAACUUAUCUGAAGAACAUUUUACACUUCGACAUUGAACAGAAUGGGCUUUUAUCUGCUCUACCUUACCUUUGUCAGUUUACGAUUGGCUGCUUAGUGGGGUAUACUGUAGAUUUGAUUUAUGGCAAAAACUGGCUUAAACUGACCGUGUUAAGGAAAAUAUCUAAUUCUUUUGGCUUUUACGGUUCAGCUCUGUGUUUGUUUGCAGUGACUCUGGCCAAUUGUAACCAUGCUUUAGCCGUCACUAUUUUGGCUUUAAGCAUGGGCUUCAACGGGUUCACAUUUCCCGGAUUCUUAGUUGUGGGCGUUGACAUGGCGCCAAAUUAUGCUGGAGUUCUCAUGGGACUUUCGAACGGGAUAGCACAACUGAAUGGAUUCAUUGUUCCUUACAUUGUUGGUAGCCUUACUCAGGGACAGCAAACCUUGCAACAGUGGAAAAAAGUAUUCUACAUCGGUGCUGCAGUUUACACUUUCUGUGGAACAGUCUUUGUAAUUUUUGGUUCGUCUGUGUUACAACCAUGGAAUAAUAUUGGGAAUUGCAAGAAUGGAGAACCAACUUGUUCUCCGUCAGCUGUUUCAUCAAAUACUCCUGAAAAACGUACUUCAGCAGAAAAAAACAAUUCGUGCAGCAGGGCUAAAAGUGAGUCGUAUGAUGAUGAGAAACAGUCAUUAAUUUCUGAAGGAACUCGGAGAUCUUCAUGUGGAGAACGACUUCGUGCACAACACAUUUUAGUCCUCAUGGGAUUCUUUGGAUUUUUCAACGCCUACUGUUUAAGAGUGAACUUGAAUAUUGCCAUAGUAGCCAUGGUCAACUACACGGUGAUUCAACAAGGCCACAUAGAGACCACUGAAUGUCCGAACCCUGAAGGAGUCUUUAACUCUAAUGCCACGGUCACAAAGGAAGGAGAGUUUAUCUGGGACGAAUACGUUCAAGGGAUCAUUUUAGGAUGUUUCUUUUUCGGCUACAUUCCAUUAAAUUUUGUUGGAGGUAUACUUAUCAAGAAAUACGGUGCGAAAAUGUCAUUUGGAUUAGGAAUACUUAUAUCAUCUGUGUUAACCGUACUGUCCCCUCCAGCAAUAAAACUUCAUGCUGGUGUUUAUAUCAUUAUGAGAAUAAUAGAAGGCGCAAGCCAGGGGGUAAUAAACCCAGCUAUGCAGGUUUUAUUGGCCAGAUGGAUUCCAAAAUCUCAGUUUGGUUUAGUAACUGCCUUCGUCCUCAAUGGUGCUCAGAUCGGUACCGUCGUAGCGAUGCCUUUGACUGGUGUGUUAUGCAAUUCAGAUUUUCUCGGCGGAUGGUCGGCUGCCUUCUAUGUGUUUGGUUUCAUCGGUUGCGUAUGGUGCAUAUUCUGGUUUUUUCUUGUCUAUGAUUCUCCCUUGGAUCAUCCGCGCAUCUCUAAACAGGAACUGAUGGAGAUCCAGGAAGAAACGGGAAUUCAGGAUUACAAACAUAUAGAAAACAAACCAAUCCCAUGGCGGCAGAUCCUCACUUCUGUUCCUGUCUGGGCAUUUGUGCUAGCAUUCUUUGGAACUGACUGGGGAUUUUAUACAGUAUCAAUCGACUUACCAACAUACUUAAAGAACAUUUUGCAUUUUGACAUGACACAAAAUAAAGACAUAUCUAAGUUGUCUACUAAUGGUUUGUUAUCUGCCCUGCCUCACCUCUUUCAGACUGUGGUUAGUUGCUUAGCAGGUGUUUUGGUUGACUUUAUUUAUCAGAAAAAGUGGUUUACGAUUAGCGUGUUGAGAAAGAUAGCCAACUCUAUAGGUUUCUACAUUCCUGCUUUGUGCUUGAUAAUAGUAACCCAGGCUAACUGUAAGUACAGUCUAAUCAUUAUUAUGUUGACUUUGAGCAUGAGUUUCAAUGGUUUCGCAUAUUCUGGAUAUUUAAUUGUGGGUCUUGACAUGGCACCAAAUUAUGCCGGAGUUCUUAUGGGCCUUGGGAACGGAAUAGGAAAUUUGAAUGGAUUCAUUGUUCCUUACGUUGUUGGUAUUCUUACUCAGGGACAGCAAACACUGCAACAGUGGAAGAAAGUUUUUUACAUUGGAGCAACAGCUUAUCUAGUCUUUGGAACAACAUUUGUUAUUUUUGGUUCAGCUGAGUUACAACCUUGGAAUGAUAUACAAUACUCCAACAGCGAAGAUUCACUUGUGACAUCUUCUAUACCACCAGACUCUUUAGAAAAAGUUCAAUUUAAGUCAGAAACUGUAGUAGAAAAAGCUUCUGGUUUUAAGUAGGUCAUAUCUUCUGACGAUGUCGAAUUACAACGUCCAGUUUAGCUCAUUACCUAAUGAUGUUUAAAUCUAGUUUCUGUAUUAAUGGAUUUUAUGUAGUAGAAUUGUAAGAGUUGAAAAACAUUUCCUUCCUGAAAGAGACAUACGAUGUGUGGUUCUCAGUAAUAAUGUCUAAUUGAUGACACAUCCUAACUAUUUUAACUGUAAGUUAAAGGACUUUUCCUUGCUGAAAGAAACAUACGAUGUGUGGUUCUCAGUAAUAAUGUCUAAUUGAUGACACAUCCUUACUAUUUUAACUGUAAGUUAAAGGACUUUUCCUUCCUGAAAGAAACAUACGAUGUGUGGUUCUCAGUAAUAAUGUCUAAUUGAUGACACAUCCUUAUUAUUGUAAUGGUAUUCUUGUUACCUGAAUGUCUGUGUAUAGUGUAGAAUCAACUCAGUUUCUCAAAAUUAAGAAACACGAGCUUUAGAAAGAGAUGGGUGUUAUUCUUAUAGCGCUAUUUGUCGUCAUUAAACAU